GGUGAUUAAAGAAGAGGUUCCCUCUGAGGAGCAGCUGUGGAGCCCCCUUGUGGACCAGGAGGACCCUGAGCCCCCCCACAUUAAAGAGGAACAGGAGGAUCCGUGGACAAAUCAGGAUGGACAGCAGCUUCAAGGACUGGAGGAGGCUGAUAUCAAGUUCACAUUGACUCCUGUCGCUGUGAAGAGUGAAGAAGAUGAAGAGAAACUUAAAAUGUCAACGCUUCAUCCGAGUGAGAUGAAGGAGAACAGAGCGGACAGUGGAGGAUCAGAACCAGUCUGGAACUCAGGUCCUGAAGGACGUUUACAACCAGGUCCUGAGGACAAGACUGAAGACUCUUAUGACACUGAAGUCAGUGAGGAUGAUUGGAUGGAGACCAGGGAAACUCAGACAGGUUUAAAUACAAGAAAUAACAAACAGCCUCCAAGUGAUAUGGGAUGUAAGACAGAAAAACCGUUUAGUUGCUCUGAGUGUGGUAAAACAUUUAACCACAUAUCACAUCUUAAUGCACAUAUGAGGAUUCAUACAGGUGAGAAACCGUUUAGUUGCUCUGAGUGUGGUAAAACAUUUAACCAAAGAUCACAUCUAAAUUAUCAUAUGAUGACUCAUACAGGAGAGAAACCGUUUAGUUGCUCUGAGUGUGGUAAAACAUUUAACCAAAUAUCACAUCUAAAUUCACAUAUGAUGACUCAUACUGGAGAGAAACCGUUUAGUUGCUCUGAGUGUGGUAAAACAUUUAACCACAUAUCACAUCUUAAUGCACAUAUGAGGAUUCAUACAGGAGAGAAACCGUGCAGUUGCUCUGAGUGUGGUAAAAGAUUUAACAAAGGAUCAAAUUUAAAUAGACAUAUGAUGACUCAUACAGGAGAGAAACCGUUUAGUUGCUCUGAGUGUGUUAAAAGAUUUAACAAAAGAUCAAAUUUAAAUAGACAUAUGAUGACUCAUACAGGAGAGAAACCGUUUAGUUGCUCUGAGUGUGGUAAAACAUUUAACCACAUAUCACAUCUUAAUGCACAUAUGAGGAUUCAUACAGGUGAGAAACCGUUUAGUUGCUCUGAGUGUGAUAAAACAUUUAACCAAAGAUCACAUCUAAAUUCACAUAUGAAGAUUCAUACAGGAGAGAAACCGUGCAGUUGCGCUGAGUGUGGUAAAAGAUUUAAGCGAAGGAGCGAUCUAAAUAGACAUGUGAGGAUUCAUACAAGAGAGAAACAGUCUAGUUCCUCUGAGUGUGGUUAAAGAGUUAAAGGAGACAUAUUAUGCCCAUUUUACAACAGUUGAUAUGGUUCAUUGGGGUCUUAAUGAAAUGUCUGUAACAUAUUUUGGUCAAAAUACCACAAGGAUCACUUAAAACAGCACCCUUUUUACCCUGUCUAAAACAGCCCUCAGAUUGACCUGUUUUGAGUGCCCCGCCCCCCUCUCACCCCCCUCACCCCUCCUUCACGAGAUACAGAGACCCAGAUUUUUAGCUAUCCAUUACCUCUGUAGAAAUAUGGCUACUGGAGACGACGAUACAAUCUUGCAACCAUAUCGUUUUGAACCAGAGUCAGGUGGGACGGUUUUUGGGACGGUAGCAAUGCUAGAGCCCAAAAUUAACGUGUAGAAGCACUACAAAAGUGGAAUUUUCAUAAUAUGACCCCUUUAAGAUUCAGUUCUAUUGUACGAUACGUGAGGAUUAAUAAAGGAGAGAAGUGAUUCAGUUGCAACUUUUGCAACAAAAGAUUUAUUAGGAUAUAUCAGCAGAUAUUCAUAUUAUACAUAUUUAUAGUUCACUGUUUUAAGUAGACUAUUAACAGUUUUAUGUCCCUAGAAAAUAUAACACAUUGAAUAACACGAAAGAUUUGUGUUUAAAUAUCUUGUUUCUACAUAAUUUAUCUAUUUUUCAUAAAGUCCUCCAUGUCAUUUUAAGGUUUAAGUGUGUUCCUUGCACCGUAUGAAUGUGUGUUCUUAACUAGAUCAUUAAAUAUGUUUGUUUUAAGACAAUGGUUUCUUGGUUCGUUAGAUUCAAUGACA